GCGUCGGAGGUGGAGCGGCAGCUCUCCCUGCAGGUCCACACCCUCCGGGAGGACUUUCGGGAGAAGAACUCCUCCAGCAGCCAACACAUUGUGCGGCUUGAGAGCCUCCAGGCCGAGCAGGUCCUUGAAAUCAAAAUGCUAACAGACAGAAAGCGGGAGCUGGAGCAUCGCCUUAGUGCCAUGAUGGAGGAGAACGACCUGCUCCAGGGAACUGUGGAGGAGCUGCAGGACCGCGUCCUUAUCCUGGAGAGACAAAGCCAUGACAAGGACCUGCAGCUGCACCAAAGCCAGCUGGAGCUCCAGGAGGUGCGGCUGUCCUACCGGCAGCUACAGGGGAAGGUAGAAGAGCUCAGUGAGGAGAGAAGUCUCCAAAAUUUCAACACAACCAGCACGUCCUUGCUAUCUGAGAUAGAGCAGAGCAUGGAGGCAGAGGAGCUGGAACAAGAACGAGAACAGCUGAGGCUGCAGCUCUGGGAAGCGUAUUGCCAAGUACGAUACCUCUGCUCCCAUCUCAGAGGAAACGACAGCGCAGACUCAGCAGUCUCCACAGACUCCUCCAUGGAUGAGUCUUCAGAAACCUCAUCAGCCAAAGAUGUCCCAGCCGGCAGCCUACGAGCAGCUCUCAGUGAGCUGAAAAGACUGAUACAAAAUGUGCUGGAUGGGGCAGACUCCACGAGCUCUCGACGAAGCGAUGAUGACACCUUAGAGGAACAGAUCAGGCGAACAAGUGAGGAUUCGCGAGCCCUGAGGGAAUUAAUGGAGGGAGAACGGGGGAAACUGAGGCAGAGUUUGGAGGAGCUGCAGCGACUACACAGCCAGGUCACGCUGCUGAGUGUAGAAAUGACAACGCUGAAGGAGGAACGGGACCGGCUGCGAGGUGCUGCUGAAGACAAGGAGACAAGUGAACGGCUCCUGCAGGCCAUCAGGGACCGAGAUGAGGCCAUUGCCAA